AUGACGGGACAAAAAUAUGUAUCUUCAAUACUUGACAUGCCGUAUCAUGCGCUGGUGGUAUAUGGAUACUUAUAUUGCUCCGGAAGUAUAAUUAGAAGCAAGAUUGUUCUCACAACAGCAAGCUGUAUUGUAGCAGGACCUCAGGAAAAGAUGUUUGUGAAAGUCGGUAGUAAUAGUAUUACUGAUUUAGGGCAAGUGAUUCCAGUUAUACAUACAAAAAUUCACGAAUACUUUAGAUACUACGGUGCCUUAGAUAAUGACAUUGCCUUGCUGUUCCUGAAGGAGAACGUGAUAUUUGGCGAUAAAGUGAAAAAAGUACUUCUAGUGCCCCAAGAAACAUAUGUUGAACCAGGUGUUGUUCUCGAAGUUUCUGGUUGGGGAAGCCAGAACCUGCCGCAAAAAUAUGCAUACCUUCUUUUGUCAUCAGAUAUGGUCGUCAUGGAUAGAGAUGAGUGCCGUAAAAUUCAUAAAAAAAAAAUAACUCCUUCUAAUUUUUGCGCCAAAUACGAAUCUAAUCAUGGUUUGAGCGAUAUUGGAGGUCCCGCCACCCAUAAAGAUCUGCUGGUCGGCAUUGUGUCUUACGGCGCCUGUAGCGAGAAAGGGCCAUAUGUAGCAAUCCUCACUAACAUAAGUUAUUUUAAUAAAUGGAUAAUGCUUAACACCAAGCGAUUUUUGGAAGACAACUGCAUUCCAGACCAAAGAAAGAACAUAACUGAUACACCAACAAUUGAUAUGUUGGAUGAAGUGCAGAUUGGACUUGUACACCGAGGAAUUCCUGGCACCUUAUCUAAUUAA